AUGUAUACCAGCAUCCUCCUUUCUACCCUAACAGCAGCCGCAUCAGGCGCAUCUCUACCCACAGGCGCAAUCUCCUUCGCCCUCGUCCGAAAAGGAGACUACUCCGCUUACCUUACCAAACUCAAGGUCGGCACGCCGCCGCAGGAAGAAUAUCUGCUUGUGGACACGGGCAGCGGAACUAUCAGUUUCGAGAAUCCCAACAACAACGUCUGUUCGCUGGAGUCAAAGCCUUGUGCGGAAUAUGGGACGUUCGACAAUACUUCCUCGUCGACAUGCCAUUGGAUCAGCAACGACUUCGGCGACGGACUGAUCGAUUUCGGAAGCGGCUCUGUCUUGCAGGAUAUCGUGCAGAUUGGAGACCAGAACGUCGGUCCUUUGCAAUUUGGUUAUCUCGAUGAUUACGGGUUUGGCGUUGAGCAGGUCGCCGUGCCGACUGCUACGAUUCUGGGGCUCGCCCUUCUGUGCAACAAGUUCGACGACAGCUGUUACCAGUCCGGAUACUACCUCGUCCCCGAGCUGUACGAGAAGAAGAAGAUCAACCGGCGGAGCGUCAGCAUUUAUCUCGGUCCAGAAGCGCCCACCGUCAACAAUUCUGAGGUAAUCCUCGGCAGUGCAUACGACAAGGCGAAGCAGGGGAGCACGCCGUUCAAGUUGCCCAUGGCAUAUUUCAACUCCGAGACGAAUAGCGUCAACGCUUCAGCCAUCUCGUCCACGAUCAAUGGCGAUGUGACGAGGCUGCCGUUGAAUCCAUUCAACACGACGCUCAUCGAUACUGGCAACCCACUGUUAACAAUCCCCGAGCCACUAUGGAGCCAAGUCAUGGCAUCCCUCGGCAACCCCAACGAAACCCACACCUCCCACGUUGGCGGCAUCUACGUGGAUUGCAAGUAUCGCGAGCUCCCCAACACCGAAAAGAUCAGCUACGAAUUCGGCGGAAACCCAGACAACAGAAUCGACGUGCCCCUCUCGCAGCUCGUCAUCGAUUUCAACAACGGCACCUGCGGCGCGGAUAUCUCGAAUGGCUACGAGAUUUCCAAUGGUAUUGGGGUUUUGGGCGACCCGUUCAUUCGGCAGACGUAUCUGACGUUCGACUUCGAGGAUUUCACUGUGACGAUGGCGCAGGCGAGGUUUACGUCGGAUCGGGAUGUUGUUCCUUUUGGCAAUUAG